AUGGAGUACUAUAACCCUUCCAAAUCCUACAUAUUAUCCAGUUCAACCUCCGAGAGCCAAGAUACAGCACUCAUCGACCUCACUACGGGAAGAGGUGUCCGCCGAACAAGAGCAGCCCUUCCGAUGAGAAUGAACAACGUUCUGAACAUCAAGAGGAUCAUAUGCUUUCGAGUAUUUGUGUAUACACUACAUGCUCUGCCUCAGUUUCAACUGUCCAUAUUUCCAGGAAGCUACCGUCAUUAG